AUGUCGGACACACCUGAUCCAACCGAGGAACAGAUACCCAAUGAAGAAGCAGUUCUUGACUUAUCAUGCAAGCCUCAGACUCAAACUGAAUAUGACGAGCCAGAGAAUUUCCAUAGUCCAGCGAUACGAUGGAAGAAAGUAACAAGCAGCCAAGGAGCAACACCAAGACCCAGACAUGGGCAUCGUGCCAUCCCUAUCAAAGAUUUAAUGAUCGUGUUCGGUGGUGGAAAUGAAGGAAUUGUAGACGAAUUGCAUGUGUAUAACACAGUUACUAAUCAGUGGUUUGUACCCUCUGUACGAGGAGACGUCCCGAACGGAUGCGCUGCAUACGGAAUUUUCGCAAACAGCACUUCUAUUUUUAUUUUUGGAGGAAUGAUUGAAUUCGGAAGAUAUUCGGGUGAUCUUUUCGAGUUACAAGCGUCUCGUUGGGAAUGGAGGAAGUUACGUCCGAGGCCACCAAGAGAUGGUUCCCCAGCUCCUUGUCCUAGGUUAGGACAUUCAAUUUUACUCGACAGUACACAGACGUGUUUCCUGUUUGGUGGAUUAUCUAAUGAGUCGACAGAUCCAAAAAAUAACGUUGCCCGCUAUUUGAAUGAUUUGUAUUGUAUGGAUAUGAGUCAACCACCUAAUAAUUUAUUAUGGACCAAACCGAAGACGUUCGGUCCCAUUCCUGCAGCUAGAGAGUCACAUUCAGCCUGUUUGUUUGAAUCAAAUGGUAAGAGACAAAUGUUCAUAUAUGGCGGAAUGAACGGAUGUCGCCUCGGCGAUUUAUGGAUAUUAGAUCUGGAUACCCUAACCUGGCAAAAUCCUUUGCCGUUAGGUAUGAAUCCUCUACCCAGAUCUCUCCAUACUGCGAAUGCAAUCGGAGAUAGGAUGUAUGUUUAUGGAGGAUGGGUACCUCUCUCGUAUGAUACCGAGCUGGAUGGUAUCUCAAUCGAGAAAGAAUGGAAAUGCACAAACUCUUUGGGUAUUCUUAAUAUGAAAACGUUGACUUGGGAGCAACCUAAUUUGCCUUUUUAUGAAGUAGGCUAUGAAGAUGGGCUGCCACGUGCCCGUGCUGGACAUUCAUCCGUGGUUAUUAAUAAAAGAAUAUGGAUAUGGUCUGGUAGAGAUGGAUAUCGUAAAGCAUGGAACAACCAAGUGUGUUGUAAAGAUAUGUGGUUCUUAGAGACAGAAUUGCCUGACAAACCAGGCAAAGUCCAAUUAGUGCGUGCGCAAGUGAACGCAUUAGAUGUAGCUUGGGUAGGCGUGCCAACGGCGGAAGCCUAUUUACUGCAGUUACAGAGGAUUGAUAUGAAAGAAGAAGAUGUUAUGAAGACGGGAAUGGUGAAAACCAAAAUGUUUCUCAGACCAAACGUGGCUACUCACUCUCCUGGUCAAGCUUAUAUGAAACUAGUAGGAAAGAACGGGAAUAGCACACAAGUCUUACGGGUUGUCAAGCAAGGAGGGCCUAGUAUUCCAUUAGUAAAGACGGGCUCCAAAACUAUAAUUAUUACAAAGCCUAACACUGGAUCAUCACAAAAAGUUGUUUAUCUUGCCAGCGGUAAUCAUGGUGCGGAAGCAGGAGCUGGAGGUCUCUCAACUCAAGGAACAACAUAUACAGCACCACAGCAACCUGUUAAUAAUGACGAGUGUGGGUUACCACAAAAUCUAUUUGAUGAAGGAAGUGGAGAUGACAACACACCACCUUCGCCCUCUAAGUCAACUGUUCAAAGCGAGUCGGACUCUGCUCAAGCACCUGCACCAGAGAGAAUACCAUCAACUUCUACAGAAUCUGAUGCUCCUUCGGUCGAUAUGGACAUUUCCAACAGAAUUAUGAGUCCUAAAGCAAACAGCCAAGUCGAAGAAGAAAUUUGGUAUGAUGUUGGAAUCAUUAAAGCAACUAGUCUCACCAUUCAACAUUACUAUCUACCUGGCGACACUCCUUUGGAGAAAUCGUAUGGAACGAGCGAGCUAGAAAUGUCUGGCUUUGGUGACAUAACAGUGUCUAAAAAAAUGGAACUAGAGUCUGGCCAUGCGUAUAGAUUCCGGGUGGCUGGAUUGAAUUCUCUAGGCAGAGGUCCAUGGUCGGAUGUUGCUUCUUUUAAAACAUGUUUGCCUGGUUUCCCUGGUGCUCCUUCCUCGAUCAAGAUCACUAAGAGUACAGAUGGUGCACAUCUCACAUGGGAACCUCCAGCAGUUAUCGCAGGACGUGUAACAGAAUAUAGUGUGUAUCUCGCUGUGAGGAAUAACAGUAUGCUACAGGAUUCUGCUUUGGCUUUCAUGAGAGUUUAUGUUGGUUUGGAACCUUCUUGCACAGUACUGCAAAGCAAUCUAACUGCUGCUUAUGUUGAUACUUCGUCCAAACCUGCUAUUAUUUUCCGCAUAGCGGCAAGAAACGAAAAGGGCUACGGACCAGCUACUCAAGUUAGAUGGCUGCAAGAUCAAAAACUCACGUCAGCCAUGAGUCGAUUCCCCGUCACAAAUGUUCAUGCAGGUGCUGCGUCCAAUCCCAACUCCUCUUAUUACGCGUCAGUAAAACGGUCAAGAUUGGAUUAA